AAAUUGUCUUUCCUAUUCUCCAAGCUUCCGAGUGAUUCCUUUUCUCAUUUCAAAUCGAAUGCUUGUGGAACAUAUAUCCUCUCAGAGCCAACCCAAGUCUUCAUGCGCGCGCGUGUGUAUUAUAUCGAGCGUGUGUUUAUGUAUUCGUGCACAUAUCUACACGGUUACUGAACGAAAGAGAAAGGAGAGUGAUCAAUAGGAGCUUGCGGAGAUGCUGGAAGAUCAAGUGGCGUAUUUGUUGCAGAGGUACUUGGGGAAUUAUGUCUUAGGACUCAACAAAGAAGCUCUUAAGAUCAGCGUCUGGCAAGGUGAUGUAGAACUUACCAAUAUGCAAUUGAAGCCUGAGGCACUCAAUGCAUUGAAGUUGCCUGUGAAAGUUAAGGCUGGAUUCCUUGGAUCAGUUAAACUUAAGGUACCGUGGAGCAGGCUUGGCCAAGAUCCUGUUGUAGUUCACCUUGAUCGUAUUUUUUUAUUGGCUGAGCCUGCAACCCAGGUUGAAGGAUCUAGUGAGGAUGCUGUCCAAGAUGUUAAGAAGAACCGGAUACGAGAAAUGGAAACAAGGCUGGUUGAGAGUAGACUAAUGCUGAACACAGAAAUGAACUCCUCUUGGCUGCAAUCGCUGAUCAGCACAAUAAUUGGAAAUUUGAAGCUUACCAUCUCAAACAUACAUAUCAGAUAUGAGGAUGUUGAGAGCAAUCCUGGCCAUCCAUUUGCAGCGGGUAUAAUGUUAGAGAAGCUCUCAGCAAUGACAAUUGAUGACACUGGGAAGGAGACUUUUAUCACUGGAGGUGCAUUAGAGAGGAUGCAGAAGUCUCUUGAGCUUGAGAAGCUAGCCGCUUAUUUCAAUUCUGACAUUGUGCCAUGGUAUAUUGAUAAACCGUGGGAGGAUUUACUACCAGUGGAGUGGGUGAAGGUUUUCAAACACGGGACCCAAGAUGGUAAACCAGCUGACAAUAUUGUAAAGGAGCAUACAUAUAUUUUACAACCUGUGACAGGAAAUGCAAAAUUCUCUAAACAGCGGCCUAAUGUAUCACUUCAUAGUGGUGAGCCGCUGCAGAGAGCAGCUGUAACUCUGGAUGAUGUGACUCUCUGUUUAUCUAAGAAUGGCUAUAGAGAUAUACUAAAAUUGGCUGAGAACUUUUCGGGAUUCAACCAACGACUGCGGUAUGCUCAUUUUCGCCCACAGUUUGAUGUAAAAUCUGACCCAAGAUCUUGGUGGCAGUAUGCCUACAAAGCUGUAUCUGAUCAGACAAAGAAGGCCAGUGGGAAACUAUCAUGGAAGCAGGUCUUGCGAUAUACACGCUUACGCAAGCAAUACAUUUCCUUAUAUGCUUCACUAUUGAAGUCUGAUCCUGACCGGGUUGUUAUUGAUGAUAACAUGGAUGUUGACGCACUGGACCGUGAACUAGAUAUUGAAAUUAUACUUCAGUGGAGGAUGCUUGCCCACAAGUUUGUGAAGAAUUCGGUGGAGUCAGAUCUACUCGUAAGAAAAAAACAAACAAACAAAUCAUGGUGGCAAUUUGGAUGGUCUAGCCAAUCUGUUGAAGAUGAAAGUGCUCCAGGGAUAUUCAGCGAGGAAGAUUGGGAAAGAUUAAAUAAUAUGAUUGGGUACAAGGAAGGCGGCGAAGAACCACUAUUUGCGACACAUGACAGGAGGGAUAUACCUCAUACUACCUUGGAGAUUCACAUGAAGCAUAAUGCUUCUAAGCUUAGUGAUGGCCAGGAAUGCCUUGCUGAUUUGUCCUGUGAUAAUCUCGAUUGUUAUGUUCAGCUUUACUCAGAGAUGAAAGUUUUUGACAUAAAGUUGGGUUCAUAUCAAUUGUUGUCUCCAAAUGGUCUUAUUGCUGAGAGUGCAACUGCCAAAGAUUCAUUGGUUGGUAUUUUUUGUUUAAAGCCCUUGGAUGCUAAUUUGGACUGGAGUUUGACAGCUAAAGCUUCUCCCUGUUAUAUAACUUAUCUGAAGGACUCAAUUGAUCAAAUCAUCAACUUCUUUGAAACCAAUGUCGCUGUAAGUCAAACCAUAGCUCUGGAGACUGCCGCUGCUGUGCAGAUGACUAUCGAUGAGGUCAGGCGAACUGCACAGCAGCAAGUUAACAGAGUGCUGAAGAAUCAAACCAGGUUCUUACUGGAUUUGAAUAUUGCAGCUCCCAAAAUUACCUUCCCAACAGAUUUUUCUCCAGAUAGCAUCCACUCUACAAAGCUUUUACUUGACUUGGGAAAUUUAGUGAUUCGCACGAAGGACGAUUCUGAGUGUGUUUCACAUGAAGACAUGUAUAUGUAUGUGCAGUUUGAUCUUGUUCUGAGUGAUGUCUCUGCUUUUCUGGUUGAUGGUGAUUACGUUUGGGGCCAAGUACUUCCAACUAGAAUAGGUGGCUCCUCCAAGUCUAACAUGAUUAGUUGUCUACCUGUUAUUGAUAAAUGUGGGGUUUUUGUAAAGCUUCAGCAGAUCCGACUACAAAACCCAGGUUUUCCUUCUACAAGAAUUUCGGUUCGACUUCCAUCCCUUGGUUUUCAUUGUUCCCCUGCCCGUUAUCAUCGGCUGAUGCAAGUUGCAAAAAUUUUCGAGAAAAGGGAAAUAAAUUCUCUGGAAUUAUAUAAUCCUUGGAGCCAAGCGGAUUUUGAGGGUUGGUUGUCACUUCUUAGUUGGAAGGGGGUUGGAGGCCGGGAGGCUGUAUGGCAACGAAGAUAUGUAUGUAUAGUGGGCCCAUUUCUGUAUGUGUUAGAAAACCCUGAUGCUAGAUCCUACAAGCAAUAUACCAGCUUACGAGGAAAACAACUCUAUCAAGUCCCUCCCGACAUUAUCGGAGAUGCAAAGCACGUAUUAGCAGUUUGUGAUGCUGGGCAAGCCAAUACUAAGAUAGUGGAAGAUGGAAAUGCCCUAAUAUUUCGUUAUGACUCUGAAGAAUCAAAGAGAAUAUGGCAGAGUAGCUUACAGGGGGCCGUCUAUCGUGCUUCGAGAGCUGCUCCUAUCACUGGUAUUUCUGAAUCUUCAUCUGAUUCUGAAGACACUGAAACGUAUCGUAAUGAUAACCAUGAUAGCAAGGACCAGUUGGCGGUGGAGGAUAUGUAUUUAACUGGUGUUCUUGAUGAGUUGAAGAUCCAUUUUAAUUAUAAUGGCAAUCAUGACCACGUUUUUAGAAAAGUGCUGCUGGAGGAGGAGAACCAUCUGUUUGAAUUUAGAGCAAUGGGUGGAAGGGUUGAGAUUUCAAUUAGAGGAAAAGAUAUAUUUAUUGGCACUGUACUGAAGGCUUUGGAGAUAGAAGAUUUAAUUUGCCCAUUAGGGAUGUCCCAGCCAUGUUAUCUGGCAAGAUCUUUUAUCCGGAGUAGUGAGUCUCAUGAUAGUCCUCUAGUUUCCAUCAAUGUUCAAGGCCAAAACAAUAAUAGCACCAGUUGUAGUCAAUAUGAAGCUGAAGAUAAUUUUUAUGAGGCAUCCGAAGAUCUAAAUGACAUUGAUAGUCUGCAUCCAUUGGGGGAUCAGUUUGAUUUCUCUAUUCCUUCAACUUUAUUCUCACCGGGAAGGACCAUCAUGAAGGCACCUAGUUUUAAUCGUAUAGCUGGUCUUCUUCCUAUGGAAGCCACUGCAAAUGGUAGCAAUCUUAAGGAUGUAACUGAUGAAUUUGAUAGUUUUGUGAAGGCACAAAUUAUAAUAUAUGAUCGAGAUUCUCCUCUUUAUUCUAAUGUUGAUACAAAGGUGAUUGUGACACUAGCAACGUUGUCAUUUUUCUGUCGCAGACCAACAAUACUGGCAAUUAUGCAUUUAGUAAAUGCUAUAAAUGUAGAUGAAGAAAGCUGUGAAUCAUUUAGCGACACGUCUUCAUCAUCCUCUCUACAGCAUGUGAUCUCCAUAAAAGAUGUUGGUGGCGAGCCUUCUGGUGCAGUUGAUGAGCCUUCAGUCAAGAAUUUACUUGGGAGAGGGAAAUCUAGGGUUAUUUUCUGCUUGAAACUAAAUAUGACUCGUGCUCAGAUUUUACUGAUCAAGGAAGAUGGAUCCUCACUUGCUACUCUCUCACAAGAUAAUUUCCUCACCGAUAUCGAGGUAUUUCCAUCUUCAUUUACUAUAAAGGCAUCCCUCGGAAAUCUACGGAUCAGUGAUGACAAUCUACCUUCCAGUCACAGCUAUUUUUGGGCAUGUGACAUGAGGAAUCCAGGAGGGAGGUCUUUUGUGGAGUUAGAAUUUUGUUCAUUCAAUGCUGAUGACGAAGAUUACGAGGGUUAUGACUAUGGCCUUCUUGGUGAGCUAUGUGAAGUACGGGUUGUUUAUUUGAACCGUUUUAUUCAAGAGGUUAUCAGUUACUUCACGGGUCUUGUUCCCAGUAAUGCAAAAGAUUUCGUCAGGAUUAAAGAUCAAGUGACAAACUCAGAAAAAUGGUUUACCAGAAAUGAGGUUGAAGGGUCACCUGCUUUAAAGCUGGAUGUUUCGCUUAGAAAACCCAUAAUAUUGAUGCCUCAUCAUACAGAUAGUCUCGAUUUAUUAAAGCUUGACGUUGUUCAUAUCACAAUCAAGAACAGCUUUCAAUGGCUUUGUGGGAGCAAAAAUGAUAUGAAUGCAGUUCACAUGGAAACUUUAACUGUUUCAUUCAAAGAUAUAAAUUUAAAUGUUGGUUCCGGGCCAGAAUUAGGUCAAAGUAUUAUUCAAGAUGUUAAUGGGAUUUCAAUUGUAAUCCAAAGAUCUCUACGGGACUUGCUGCAUCAAAUUCCAGGUGUAGAAGUUGAUAUAAAGAUGGAAGAAUUGAAAGCAGCUCUAUCUAGCACAGAGUAUGAGAUAAUUACUGAAUGUGCUCUGGCUAAUUUUUCAGAGACUCCAAAUACAUUGCCUCCUCUAGUAGAUGAUUUUGUGUUACCUUCAGCUGAAAUGAUGGAACCUUUAGCAGUGCAGAGCUCUGACACUACAAAAGGUGAACCCGAAGACGGUAUCAGAUGGGUUACCACCAAGGUUUCUGUCUCCAUUGAUCUAGUUGAACUUUGCCUUUAUUACGGCUUAACCAGGGAUGCAUCUCUUGCAACACUUCAGGUGAGUGGGCUGUGGUUUCUUUACAAAGCCAAUACUGCAGGAGAAGGCUUUCUUUCAGCUACACUUGGGGAUUUUUCCGUAGUAGAUGAUCGAGAAGGCAUCCAAGAGGAACUCAAGUUGGCUAUUAGGAAACCUGAUGCCGUUGGAUUUAGUUCUUCAAAAACUUCGAGAUAUGUGGAUAACAAUCGUGUGAUCACAGUUAAUGAUAUGGAGGACAUGACACCAAGCCCCACAAUGGUUAUUCUUGAUGCCAAAUUUGGGGAAUGUUUGACAUCAAUAUUUCUCUGCAUUCAGAGACCACAACUGCUAGUGGCACUUGAUUUUUUGCUUGCUGUAACUGAAUUUUUUGUUCCCACAGUACGUAGCAUGCUGUCAAAUGACGAGGACACGAGCUCCUCAGGUUUAAUAAAUGCUCUUAUUCUCGAUCAACCAACUUACACUCAACCUUGUCCUGAAUGCUCACUCUCUCCACUCAACCCUUUGGUUGCUGAUGAUGAAAGAUAUGAUCUUUUUGUAUAUGAUGGUAGAGGUGGAGUAUUGUAUUUGCAAGACAGGCUGGGAAAAAACCUUUCCUCCCCAAGUCUCGAGGCUUUUAUCUAUGUGGGUAGUGGAAAGAAGUUGCAAUUCAUAAAUGUCACGAUCAAGAAUGGGAAGUAUCUAGAUUCUGCUGUCUUACUUGGGCCAAAUAGUAGCUAUUCCGUUUCACAAGAGGAUAAAGUUUAUCUGGAGGAAGUUGAUUUAUGGCCUUCUGAGAUCCAUCCGAGUGAAACCAUUUCUGGAAAGACUUCUCAUAGUUCAUCAGCCAGCAAAUCUACAGAGUUGAUCUUCGAGAUGCAGGCUAUUGCUCCAGAGCUUACUUUUUACAAUACCUCCAAAGAUGUUGGAGAUUCACUUGCGCUUUUAAACAAACUUUUGCAUGCUCAGUUAGAUGCAUUCUGCAGGGUCGUUUUAAAGGGAGACACUACUGAAAUAGAUGCAAAGUUUCUAGGGUUAACAAUGGAGAGCAAUGGAGUCAGAAUAGUUGAACCUUUUGACACCUCUAUGAAGUACUCAAGUGCUUCUGGAAAGACAGAUAUGCACUUUGCUGUCUCAGAUAUAUUUAUGAAUUUCUCAUUCAGUAUUUUGAGACUAUUUUUGGCAGUGGAAGAGGAUGUUUUGGCAUUUUUGAGGACAACAUCGAAGAAAGUCACACUUGGGUGCUCUGAGUUCGACAAGAUCGGAACUAUCAAAUGUGGUGAACAGAUAUAUGUGUUUUGGCGACCUCGUGCACCUCCUGGUUAUGCCAUUCUUGGUGACUAUCUCACACCAAUUGAUAAACCUCCAACAAAAGGAGUCAUUGCACUCAAUUCUAGCUUUGUAAGAGUGAAGAGACCGGAUUCUUUUACCCUAGUCUUUUCCUCUUCUCUGUCCCAAGUUGAUAGUGAGGGGGAUGAUGUUUGUUCUAUUUGGUUUCCUCAAGCGCCUAAAGGCUAUGUUGCUAUGGGUUGUGUGGCUUCUCCUGGAAAUACACAACCAUCUCCAUCCUCAGUUUUCUGCAUUUCAGAUGCUUUGGUUUCUCCAUGUGAUUUGAGAGACUGCAUUAGCAUGGGCAAUAACAGCAGAUCUACUAGUUUGGCAUUUUGGCGUGUGGACAAUUCUGUUGGUACCUUCCUCCCUGCAGAUCCAGCUACUUUGAGUUUGGCUGGUAGAGCUUAUGGACUGCGGCGUGUGUUUUUUGGGUUACAUAAAGAUUCUUCAAAAUCAUCAAAAGGUUCAGAAUUUGGUGUACCCUCUAAUCAGACUAAUGCUCUCCAGUCAGAACAACCGGCCAGUGUAAACUCUGGAAGGAGGUUUGAAGCUGUUGCAACAUUUAGGUUAAUCUGGUGGAAUCAGGGAUCGGGAUCAAGAAAGAGAUUGUCUAUAUGGCGCCCUAUUGUACCACAAGGGAUGGUAUAUUUUGGUGAUAUUGCUGUUGAAGGAUAUGAACCUCCCAAUAUGUGCAUUGUACUUCAUGAUUCUGAAGAAUUUUUCAAAGCUCCUUUUGACUUUCAAGUCGUUGGACAGAUAAAGAAACAUAGAACAAUAGACAGUAUAUCCUUCUGGAUGCCUCAACCACCUUCAGGGUUUGUUUUGUUAGGUUGUAUAGCUUGUAAGGGCAUGCCAAAAGCAUCUGAUUUUUCCUCCCUUAGAUGUAUUCGUAGUGAUAUGGUCACCGGUGCCCAGUUUUUGGAUGAAAGCGUGUGGGAUACAUCUGAGAUCAAGUUUGUAAAACAUCCUUUAAGUGUAUGGGUUAUUGGGAAUGAUCUUGGUACAUUUGUUGUCCGCAGUGGUUAUAAAAAGCCUCCAAAGAGGUUUGCUUUGAAGCUUGCUGAUCAAGAUGCCCCUAGUGGUUUAGAUGUGACAUUGGUUCAUGCAGACAUCAGUACAUUUUCUGUUGCUCUUUUUGAUGAUUAUGGCGGCUUGAUGGUUCCAUUGUGCAAUGUAUCUUUAAGUGGAGUAAGUUUUAGCUUACAUGGACGGUCUGACAAUUUUAAUUCCAAUUUCACCUUCUCCUUGGCUGGUAGAUCUUACAAUGACAAAUAUGAUUCAUGGGAACCUCUUAUUGAGCCAGUUGACACAUCAUUAAGGUACCAAUAUGAUGCCAAUGCUCCAGGUGCUUCUUCACAGCUACGUCUCACUUCCACAAGGGAUCUGAAUCUGAAUGUUUCUGUAUCCAAUGUCAAUACCAUUUUUCAAGCUUAUGCCAGCUGGAACAAUCUUGGCCUUAUUAACAAAACUUAUGAGCAGGAAAAUGUUUCUCCCACUGAUGGAGGCAUACCUAUCAUUGACGUCCAUCACAAAAAAAAUCAUUGCAUCAUCCCACGGAACAGGCUUGGUCAAGAUAUUUUUAUGAGAACGACUGGAAUUGAGUUGCCUACACAGGUAGUUAAAAUGCCAUCUGGAGAUAGCAAACCUAUUAGAGUCCCAGUUGCAAAGAACAUGUUGGACUCGCACAUGAAAGGAAGUUGUUUCAUUAAAUGCAGAACAAUGGGGAUAGUCAUCAUAGAAGAGGCGGAGCUCAAGAAAGUUGCAGGAUUAUCUUCUCAUCUUUUUACAGUAGCUGUCCGUAUCAUGAAUCAAAACCAGCCUGGUCUAUCACUUUUACCCCAACAAAGUGUUCGCACUCGUGGAAUUACCACUAAUGGCUCUUCUGCUGUUUUUUCAUUGAAAUGGAAUGAAGUAUUUUUCUUCAAAAUCGAUUCACUGGAUUUCUACAAUUUAGAGCUGACAGUAACAGAGAUUGGGAGAGGUGAUGUUGUUGGAUAUUCAUCUGUUCCGCUGAGAGGCAUAGCGUUUCAAGGCAAUUUAGAUGGGCUUAAUUGGAUAGAGUUGUUUUGUGACUCACCUGCGAUCACAUCAGGCGAAGAAAGAGUAGUGAAAUCAGCUGGAAGAAUAAAAUGUGCUUUAUACUUGUCGUCUCAUUCUGAUUUAGAGAUCAGCAAGGGAUCAUCUGACAAGGAGAAAAAUGUGGGUUUUAUUCAGAUUAGUCCCACAAGGGAAGGGCCAUGGACUACAGUGAGGUUAAACUACGCUGCACCUGCUGCUUGUUGGCGGUUAGGAAAUGAUGUUGUUGCCAGUGAAGUAAGCAUAACAGAAGGCAACAGAUAUGUGAAUAUUAGGUCAUUGGUUUCAGUACGUAAUGAUACUGAAUUUACCUUGCACUUGCGAUUGAAAUAUAGAGCUUCACAUGAGAUAAUGCUGCCUGAUACUGAAAGAAAGGACCACAAUGAGAAUGGCAGCGAUUUUUCUACUUGUGAGCUGUUUGAAACUCAAUUGUAUGACCCCACUGCUGGUUGGGUUGGACCAUCCUUCAACACAAUGGCUUCUGGAGUCGGGUUGCCAUCCGGGUGUGAAUGGAUUGAUGAAUGGCAUGUUGAUGAGUGUGCUGUUAAAACUGCUGAUGGAUGGGUUUAUGCUCCAGACAUUGAAAGUCUGAAGUGGCCAGAAUCUUGUAAUCCAGUAAAGUUUGUGAAUUAUGCUAGACAACGGAGGUGGUUUCGCCAUAGAACAUAUGUUUCGGAAGAUCCUAAACCACAAAUUUGUGUCGGGCCUCUAAGACCUAAUGAAGUUAUUUCUCUUCCUCUCUCAGUACUUACUCAGUCUGGACACUAUGUCCUGCAAUUAAAACCCGAGCUAGAAGAAGAGUACUCAUGGAGUUGUGUUAUUGAUGGAUCACAUAAUAACUCGCAUGAUAUGUGUAUGCAACCAGAGAACUCGGGGAUAUGUAUCUCUACUCUCAAAGAGUCACAAGAACUCUUGUGUUGCCUUUUAAUUAGUGGAACAUCAAGUAGUUCAAGUAGCAAGUGGUUCUGUUUGAGCAUAAAAGCCACAGAGAUUGCAAAGGAUAUUCAUUCUGAUCCCAUCCAAGACUGGACCCUUGUGAUUCAGGCUCCACUCUCAAUUAGCAAUUUUCUUCCUUUUGUUGCUGAUUAUUCUGUUCUUGAGACACAGAAGAGUGGUCAUUUUCUAACCUGCACCGAAGGAGUUUUUAGCCCGGGCGACUGUGUCAAGGUUCACCAUGCUGACAUAAGGAACCCACUGUACCUGUCAUUGCGUCCGCAAAUAGGAUGGUUGACAGUACAUGAGGCUGUUCUGAUAUCCCACCCUAGUAGAGUUCCAUCAAAGACGAUCAGUUUACGAAGUGCUAUUUCUGGAAGGGUUGUUCAAAUCAUCCUGGAACAUAGCCUUGCUGAUGAAAGGCCUUUUCAAGCUAAGGCCAUUAAGGUUUAUUCUCCUUACUGGAUAGCUAUACGAGGUUGCCAGCCGCUUACAUUGAGAUUUAAUGACAUGGAAGUAAAGAAACCCAGGAAGGUGUCUCUCCCAUUUCAGUCAAAAAGUAAUAGUGAGGUCAUCCUUGAGGAAAUCACCAAUGAGGAAAUACAUGAUGGUUACACAAUUGCAUCUGCAUUGAACUUCAAAAAACUUGGCAUUGCGGCAUCAAUUAGCCACUCUGGAGAGGAGCAUUUUGGGCGCGUUUCUAGUCUAUCUCCACUCAGUGAAAUGGAUGGGUCACUCGAUCUUCGUGCUUAUGAUGCUGAUGGAAACUCUAUGCAGAUUUUCGUAUCCUUAAAACCCUGCCCUUAUCAAUCUGUUUCGACAAAGGUUAUUUCUUUCCGGCCAUUCAUUACGUUCACAAAUAGGGUUGGUCAAAGUUUAUUUAUCAAGUUAAGCAGCCAAGAUGAGCCAAAGGUUUUGCACGCAUCAGAUGCCCGGGUCGCGUUUGUAGUUCGUGAAGCAAGUUGCUUAGAUGAAUUGCAAAAAAGUGUCCCAAAUGCAUUGCAGGUUCGACUGGUUGAUACAAAUUGGUCGUUUCCGAUUCAAGUUGUAAAGGAGGACACAAUCUCUCUGGUACUGAGGGAAUCUGAUGGCACACGGAGAUUUAUUAGGACCGAAAUUCGUGGAUUUGAGGAAGGAUCCCGCUUCAUUGUUGUAUUUCGACUUGGACCCACAAGUGGUCCUAUCAGAAUUGAGAACAGAACGAGUACAGCAAUAAUAAGAAUUCGGCAGUCUGGAUUUGGCGAUGAUACGUGGAUCAAAUUAUUACCUUUUUCGACUACCAACUUUUCGUGGGAGGAUCCAUAUGGUCUAAAGGUUCUUGAUUCUGAGAUCUGUAAUGGAAUUAGCAGUACAGUCAUGAAACUUGAUUUGGACAAGCCAGGGUUUUGCUCUAGAUGUGAUGGUUCAGGCUUGCUUUUCCAUGUUAUAGAUCAGGAUGAUAUCAGGGUUGGUAGGUUCAUGGAUGAGAACAUGUCAACUUUACUUCCAAAUGAAGGGACCUCUUUGACGGAAUCUGUAAAUUUGGGAAGAAGUUCCCUGAUGGAGCUUACUAUAGAGUUGGGUGCUAUUGGGGUUUCUGUGGUGAAUCAUAAUCCCAAAGAAUUAUCCUAUAUAUACUUGGAGAGGGUCUCCAUAUCUUAUUCCACUGGGUAUGAUGGUGGGUCCACCAGAAGGUUCAAGCUCAUAAUCGGUUACUUGCAGUUUGAUAAUCAACUCGCUCUCACUUUGAUGCCUGUGUUGUUGGCACCUGAACAAACACUUGAUGUGCAUCAUCCAGUGUUUAAAAUGACAGUUACUAUGCAGAAUGAAAGUGUUGACGGAAUUCAGGUUUACCCUUACAUUUAUAUACGGGUUACUGAUAAGUGCUGGAGGCUUAACAUUCACGAGCCCAUCAUCUGGGCUUUUGUGGAGUUCUAUAACAAUCUUCAACUCGACCGCCUCCCGAAGAGUUCAAACAUCAGUCAAGUUGAUCCUGAAAUACGUGUGGACCUUAUUGACAUAUCUGAAGUGAGGUUAAAGUUGUCAUUAGAGCCCUCACCUGCUCAAAGGCCUCGUGGUGUUUUAGGUGUUUGGAGUCCAAUACUAUCAGCAAUUGGGAAUGUUUUCAAAAUUCAAGUCCAUUUGAGGCCGGUUGUGCGUAGAGAUAGGUUUAUGAGGAAAAGCUCAAUAGUUUCUUCCAUAGGUAACCGUUUCUGGAGAGAUCUUAUUCACAAUCCCCUUCACUUGAUAUUUUCAGUAGAUGUUCUUGGCAUGGCAAGUUCAACUUUAGCCUCUCUUAGCAAAGGCUUCGCUGAGCUGUCUACAGACGGGCAGUUUCUACAUUUGCGGUCAAAGCAAAUUCGAUCAAGGAGAAUAACGGGGGUAGGGGAGGGAAUCAUUCAAGGUACAGAAGCUCUUGCACAAGGUGUUGCUUUUGGGGUUUCAGGGGUUGUGACUAAACCAGUCGAGAGUGCUAGAAGGAAUGGGCUUCUAGGGCUUGCCCACGGUCUGGGACAGGCGUUUGUGGGUUUUAUUGUACAACCUGUCAGUGGGGCCCUGGAUUUCUUCUCAUUGACCGUCGAUGGGAUUGGAGCUAGUUGUUCGCGAUGCAUUGAGAUACUUAGCAAUAAAACCAGCUUCCAUAGGAUAAGGUAUCCACGGGCUAUCCAUUCGGACAAUGUACUUAGAGAAUACUGUGAACGGGAAGCCCUUGGUCAGAUGAUGCUUUAUCUUGCUGAAGAAAGACGUCAUUUCGGAUGUACAGAACUGUUUGCAGAGCCCUCAAAGUUUGCCUGGUCGGAUUAUUAUGAAGAUCAUUUUGUGGUCCCCUAUUUACGGAUCGUUUUAGUGACAAAUAAGCGUGUGAUGCUUUUGCAGUGUGUGUCACCUGACAAGAUGGACAAGAAACCUUGCAAGAUCAUGUGGGACGUACCUUGGGAAGAAAUCCUGGCCCUUGAAUUGGCAAAAGCUGGGUACCCGAGACCUUCCCAUCUCAUCAUUCAUCUUAAGCAUUUCAAAAGACUUGAAAAGUUUGUUCGGGUUAUAAAGUGCACUACGGAUGGAGAGGAAGGGUCAGAGGAGGAAUCUCAAGCUGUUAAGGUAUGUUCAGCUUUACGAAAAUGGUGGAAAACAAACCAGUCUGACAUGCUGCUGCAAAGCCCCAGAUUAAAGGUUCCAUCUAGCCAAAGGCGUGUUUGCUUUGCGUGGGAUGAUUCUGAUGGUGGUAGUACUAGAGAAACUGCUGGUGGAGAGCUGUCUUGUUCUUCAUCUUCUAAUGAAUACAAAUCCAUCCAACGAGUUAUCAACUUCUCCAGGGUUUGGAGCAGUGAACCGGAGGUUAAAGGACGGUGUACAUUGUGCCAAAAGCGGGAUAUAGAAGAAACCGGGAUCUGUACUAUAUGGCGCCCCAUCUGUCCGGUAGGCUACAUCUCGAUUGGGGAUAUAACCCGUACUGGGGCCCAUCCGCCAAAUGUGGCAACCGUAUAUCGCUAUUCUAGAGAAGACUUUAUACUCCCAAUGGGUUAUGACCUUGUUUGGAGGAACUGCUCCGAUGACUACACUGUUGAUGUGUCGAUCUGGCAUCCGCGGGCACCAGACGGCUACGUGUCUCUCGGUUGUGUCGCCGUAUCCAGUUUUGCGGAACCGGAACCCAAUUCCGUGUACUGUGUGGCGGAAUCGCUGGUGGAGGAGGCUGUGUUUGAGGAACAAAAGAUUUGGUCAGCCCCGAAUUCAUAUCCAUGGGCGUGUCAUGUGUACCAGGUGCGUAGUGAUGCUCUUCACUUUGUUGCUCUGAGGCAGCCGGUGGAGGAAUCUAAUUGGAAGCCUAUGAGAGUCAUUGAUGAUCCCGGCUUUCACUGCUGUCCCCCUUAAAGUAGGAAUUUGGUUGAGCUUUUUCUAUUUAUUUUUAUUUCUCUUGCAGUGUAGAUAGCCCCUGAACUAAUGUUUAUACACAGAUAUAGGGUUGACUCAGUUUAUAAGGUGUGUGGUGCCUGUCUUUGUGAUGAACUGUGAUAUAGUUAUGAUCUUAUACCUGUGGAAAUGAUAUCAGGCUUACCAGGCUGGUAGCCAUAGAUAUCUUAUAUAUAGGCAAUAAAUGAGUUCCAAUCCACAAGGAUUCCUAC